AUCUAUAAAACGUUAUCAGCUCUCCUUCUACACGCACACACAACACAGUCUUCGUGCUCUCCGUCUUUCUCGUGCUCUCCGUCUUUCUCAGCUCACUUCUUUCUCUCUCUCUCAAAUCUCAGAUCUCUCCCUCUCCCUCUGUCUCGAUGGCCUCCGUGACAGGAACUUCGAUUUCCAUGGCCUCGUUCAAGGCCAGCCUGGCACCUAGCAGCAGGGUCUCUACUCUGAGAUCAGUUUCCCUUCCUAUUAAUGGGAAAAGCUUCACACCGCUUAGGUUGCGGCCAGCACGCUUUCGCGUUUCUUGUUCGGCCAAACCAGAGACAGUGCACAAGGUGUGUGAAAUCGUGAAGAAGCAGCUUGCUCUUCCUGACGAUUCUGCAGUCUCUGGAGAGUCAAAGUUUGCUGCCCUUGGAGCUGAUUCUCUCGACACGGUUGAGAUUGUGAUGGGACUUGAGGAGGAGUUCGGGAUUAGCGUGGAAGAAGAAAGUGCCCAGAGCAUUGCCACUGUUCAAGAUGCUGCGGAUCUGAUUGAGAAGCUCGUUGAGAAGAAGGGGUCUGCUUAAAACAGUUUGAGAGAAUGUCAGACGUAUUUCAAUGUUAGGUCUUUUUCUAGAGUUUUAUAUUUCACGCAGAUCUUUCUACUUUCGGUUUGCCUGUUGUUCAAGGAGCUUGUGAGUUGUGGCCUUCCCAAUGAACUCGUCUGGGGAUUCUUUGUUCCCCACUUUUUUAUUUAUCUAGAACUUGUAUGCCUCCAUUUUAUUUC